CCUCAGUCAUAUAAACAGAAAUUUCACUCCUGCACAUAAUUCAGACAUUCAGAGUGUGACAAGCUUCUAGGUUUUACCAUGAAUACUUCAAUGCACACCAAUUCAUUGCUCUUUCACCAAACAUUCCUGAGAGGCAAACCAAAAGCUUUUGGGAUUUUGCUAAUUGUUGUUGGUGUAUUGGAAAUUAUUCUGGGUAUAGUAUCAGCAAGCACUCCAAAUGGUCUGGUUGCCCUCUUUCUUUUCGUCUCCUCAAUCAGUGGCAUUGACUUUUGGGGAGCAAUAAUUUACAUCGUUGCUGGUGCCCUGACCAUUGUGGCAGGGACUAGGCCCAACAUCUGCAUGAUCAAGGGCUCUCUUGCUUUGAACAUCAUUACAGCUAUCUUCAGCUUCAUUGCAUUCAUAUUCGUCUGCGUGGAUCUGGCUGCAUUGGAUGCAUUAAAUGAUCUCACUGGGGGCAUCUUGGAGACCUUCUUUGCCACACAACUUGCCGGUGUGAAAGCUGUUCUUGCUAUACUUCUGAUCCUUAAUCUCUUGUUGUUUGGUGUGUCUAUUUUCUUGUCCGUGUUCGGAUGCCAAGCUUUGGGCCAUGAACCUAAUACCCCUCCUCAGGUGUUUGUGGUACAGAAUACUGUUGUGACUGGAAUGCAUCAACCACCACCUUACCCAAUUUCAUGAAAGAUGUCCGUUGUGGAAUUAUAAAAUUCUUAAUUCACAUGCUUCUGUUUAUUUUAUUUUUGAAGUGAUAUCAAAUAAACUGUGUAAAAAAAAA